AUGACAUCGUUUCUUUCUUUCUUUUUUUUUCUUUCCUACCUAACUCUCUUUCUCUUUUUUUUUCAGCACUCACUUUUCGUCUUCUUUUUCUUCUUUUCUUUUGCCCUUCUCUCAUUUUCUACCAAUCUGAACUUUUACUUUCUUUCUUCCUAUCUUUUUUAUUUAAUGCAACUGUUUCCUUUUUUUUUCUUCCCGUGUUGUUGUUAUUCCUUUUUUUCUUUUCUUUUCGUCUUCUUUGUCAUUAUUUGUGUCCGACUUUCAUUCCUAUUUCCUUUUAAGUGUCCUUUCUUUACCUCUUUUUUCACAAUCCUCUCAUUCGAAGUACGUCAUUUGUCCUUCAUUCUUUCAUUUCUUCCUUCAUUUCAUCCGAUUUCUUCAUUCUUCGUAUUUUUAUUCCUCGUUUUCGUUUCUUUACUUUUUUCAUCAUUCAUCAAUCUCUUUUUCUUUUCUUCCUUUUCAUUUCUCCCUUUUUUCUUUUUUUUCAUUUCCUCUUUUACUUUUCCUUUUCAUUUUCUCUCCCUUUUUACUUUUUUUGCCUUUUCUUUUCCUUUUCAUUUCUCCCCGUUUUACUUUUUCAUUUCUUUCUUUUUUUUCCUUUUACUUUUGCUUUUUACUUUUCCCCUUUUCAUUUUCCCAUUUUCCCCGUUUUACUUUUCAUUUCCCUUUUCUUUUCUCCUUUACUUCCUUUUUAUUUUUUCCCUUUCAUUUCUCCCCUUUUUACUUUUCGCCUUUUCAUUACUCCUCUUUUUACUUUUCGCCUUUUCAUUUCUCUCCUUUUUACUUUUUGCCUUUUUACUUUUCGCCUUUUCAUUUCUCCCCUUUCAUUUCUCCUUUCAUUUCUCCUUUUUACUUUUCGCCUUUCAUUUCCUUUUUACUUUUCGCCUUUUACUUUUCGCCUUUUCAUUUCUCCCCUUUUCAUUUCUCCCCUUUUUACUUUUCGCCUUUUCAUUUCUCUCCUUUUUACUUUUCGCCUUUUUACUUUUCGCCUUUUCAUUUCUCCCCUUUUCAUUUCUCCCCUUUUUACUUUUCGCCUUUUCAUUUCUCCCCUUUUCAUUUCUUUUUACUUUUCCCUUUUCAUUUCUCCCCUUUUCAUUUCUCCCCUUUUCAUUUCUCCCCUUUUUACUUUUCGCCUUUUCAUUUCUCCCCUUUUUACUUUUCGCCUUUUUACUUUUCGCCUUUUCAUUUCUCCCCUUUUCAUUUCUCCCCUUUUCAUUUCUCCCCUUUUUACUUUUCGCCUUUUCAUUUCUCUCCUUUUUACUUUUCGCCUUUUCAUUUCUCCCCUUUUUACUUUUCACCUUUGCAUUUCUCUCCUUUUUACUUUUCCCCUUUUCAUUUCUCGCCUUUUCAUUUCUCGCCUUUUCCUUUCUCGCCUUUUUAUUUUACCCUUUUGUCCCUUUUUUUUCUUUUUACUUCAUUUUUCUUUUUUUUUUCUUCUUUACUUUUUUUCUUUCUACUUUCAGUAUUACUUUCUUUCUUUCUAUUUUCUCUUCUUAA